AGUUAAUGGUUCAAGAAGAUGACGAGAAUUUACGCAAUUCAAUGUCCCUUCGGCCGACUUCGUUGUCAACACGUCCCACAUCACUUUCGGUAAACGGAAAUGAGAAGACGCUUCCAGAAGAAAGUGUGUUACGUUCUCUUUCGACAGGCACAUUAAAAUACCCUGAUGACGAACAUUUAUACACAUUCAGCUCCGCUAAUUUACAAGAUCUUGGAGCAAUUGGAAACGGCAAUUUUGGAACAGUUUACAAAAUGCGUCACAAAGAAACUGGAAAACUGAUAGCUGUGAAGAGGAUACGAUGCAACAACAUUGGACAUAGAGAACAAAUCCGCUUACUUCGAGAGCACGACACAAUUGUGAAAUCCGAGAAAGGACCAAAUAUCGUGAAGUUUUACGGAGCGAUUUUCAGCGAGGGUGAUUGCUGGAUUUGCAUGGAACUGAUGGACAUUUCGAUGGACCUUCUUUAUAAACGAGUAUAUAUGGUGAAAAAUAGUCGGCUGAAUGAAAAUGUCGUCGGACAUAUCACAGUUUGCACUGUAGAUGCAUUGGAUUAUUUGAAGAAAGAAUUAAAAAUUAUUCAUCGAGACGUGAAACCCUCCAAUAUUCUUGUAGACGGAACUGGAGCAGUGAAACUUUGCGAUUUUGGUAUUUGUGGGCAGUUAGAAGAAUCAUUUGCGAAAACUCAUGACGCCGGUUGUCAGCCGUAUCUUGCACCCGAAAGGAUUACAAGUUCAGACAAAUAUGAUGUGAGAUCGGAUGUGUGGUCAUUGGGAAUAACUUUGUACGAAAUAGCAACAGGAAAAUUUCCCUACCAAGAAUGGAAUUCACUUUUUGAUCAGAUUGCUACAGUAGUAAGCGGUGAUCCUCCAAUUCUACAUCCAGACAGCGACGAUUUCCAUUACAGUUUGCCGCUUGUCAAGUUUAUCAAUACUUGCUUAACUAAAGACAGACGCCAUCGGCCCAAAUAUGAUACUCUGAAGAGUUUUGACUUUUAUAGAAUAUACGCAGUUGCCGGACCCGAAAUUGAAGAGGCUAAGCGAAUUCUUGGAGUUGAAGCAAUUGACACAAGAAAUCAUCCUGUCGACCACAGAGGAUAGAUAUUUACUGAUUUCCAAUUUUAUCAUGUUUUUGUAGAUCUUUGUAUUUUUUGCCAGGUUUUCAAAAUUUUCAAACUACUUCUUUGAUUUCUUUGAAAAUUCUUCGAUUCGUUUUUCAUAUUAUUGUUUUUCAAAAUAUUCUUCGCAGCUUACUCAAUUUUUGUCAUUUUCCUAUUCUCCCGACGCACAAUAAUAAUUUGUUCCGUGAUAGUGAAUCCAACUAAUUUUUUUUGGAUAAUUCCAAUCGUCCAUCUCACCCAUCCCAUUCAGAGCUCUACAUUGUUAAAAUAUUUCGACGCUUUGGUAUUGUCGUGUUUAUUUCUCAUCAUCUCUCUUUCUCACUCUUUCUCUCUCUCUUCCCUCCGAUUGUGCUAGCUUCCCAUCUUUUGAUCUCAACACACACCAUGGUUCUUCUAAUCAGUAACAAUCAUUUUGCAACAAACUCUAAUUCUUUUAAUAAACUGUUUUACACU